UAUUGUGUUUUAUGUUUGAGUGUGUAUUUUCUGUCCAGAUUGUGUUCUAUGUUUUGACAGUGUAUUUCCGUUCUAAAAAAUUGAAACCACCUUUAUGGGUUCAUCUAGAUCCGUUUUGAUUUCAUUCGUGUAAAAGCAAGUAAAGCGUGCGGAAUAAAAUUUUUAACCGUUGAGUACGCGUCGUGGUUUUUUCAUUCGGAAAUCUUUACAGUAAAUCAGAAGUGGGAUAGUUCAUCCAGGAAGCAGCUGAAAGUUUGCAAUUAUGAGCCGUAUGAAUAAGGCAGAUUUGAUGGAGUGGCUGCGGGAAAACCAAAUUGAUUUCCCACCUUCAGCAACUGUGCGGCUUCUGCGAUCGUUGUACAAAAGCCAUAUUGGAGCCCAGGGCGGAACGCCGAACGACAAUGAAGACGACGGCGACGGAGAUGGCGAUGGUUCAUCUUCAGGACACGAGGAUCCGCUGGAUUUGGAGUUGAGAAUGUUGCAGAAACGUAAAAUGAUCGCCAAUUUGCGUCGUGAGCUGGAGGACAUCGAACAAACUCAAGGAAAACCACCUACGAUUCAGGACGUCAUGAAUUCCGUUGCGCGGUUUUCUGGAGGUGAUACAUGCGAUGCAAAUAGAUGGCUUAGUGAUUUCGAGUCUGCGUGCGGAUCUCUGGGUGGUAAUGAUGACUUCAAAUUCAAAUGUAUUCGGCGUCUGAUGGAACCAGGAACCGAGGCGGAAUGGUUUCUCCGGGUUGACAAAUCAAAGAACUACACCGAGUUUCGUACUAGCUUCCUGGACAACUUUGGCCAUACCUACACAGUGGCUGAGAUUGUGGAUAAGCUGCGAAAGACGACCUACGACGCUCUCCAGAUGUCAGUUGCUGCUUAUAUACUUAGGAUGCAAGAAAUUGCCUCCAGAGCGAACAUCGAUGAGAAUCAAACCGUGCAGUUUAUCAUCGAUGGUUUCCAGGACCGUUCAGCUAAUAUCGCAGUGCUUUAUCCGGCCAAGGAUCUGGCCCAUCUGAAGCAGCUUUCACGCCGGUACGUUCAGUUGCGAGAAAUGUACCCAACAACGACCCUGUCCCUGCCAGCGAGGCAGAAGAUGAAGCCUGCUGCAUCCAAACCGGACUUGCUGCGUUGUUACAAUUGUUCAGGCAUCGGUCAUUUGUCUGCGGCCUGUAAGGAGCCACGUCGAGCAAAGGGCUCCUGCUUCCGUUGCGGCUCGACUCAACACCAGCUUAAGGAGUGCCCUAAGCCGUCCCCACGUAACAACAGCCAGGUGGCCUUGGCGGAUGAAUUUCGUCAGAAUGCCAAUGGUGAUCGUUCAUCCGCUGACGCUGGCGAGCUGGGAGCUGCUCUUUCGGAGCUGAAUAUUGUAAGUAUUGCUUUCUCAAUUGACAGUAACACACACUUAUGUAGCACUGUACUUUCUAUGUUCGACACGGGUAGUCCAAUUAGUUUUGUGCGGAGAUCAGUGGUCCCACAAUCGAUGGGUCCGAGAGAAAAGGUGGAGUCAGGAUACAAAAGCAUAGGUAACUACCCACUAUGCACCUACGGAAUAAUCAGAGCAUCUAUCUCCUUCCGUGAUCGUAAAAUUUGCUUAAAGGUACAUGUAGUACCAGAUAACUACCUUUGUGUUCCUUUACUUCUGGGUCGGAAUUUUUUGAAAGAAGUCGGCAUUACCCUGUACGACACAAGAUUUAUUGAUUUAAUUGACAUGAAAUCCAACAUUGAACUUGAAAUUGGAUCCGACCCAAAUCGAAUAAAAAUUUCUGGAAAAGUGCUACAUUGUGUGUUUGAUUAUUCAAAUGAUGCGCAUUCAGAACUUAUUAUAACAUGUAAUCAGUGUGACAGUUCACCGGCUUCAGUGAUCUCUAAUAUGCCUAAUUUGGUACCUCAGGUUGUUGUUCCGCUUGUUCCGACAAUGUCAAAGCAGCUGGAUUCGAUUGAUUCCGUUCAGCUCAGUUCCGUUCAUUCCGAUAUUUCCAAUGUUAAUGUGCUAAAUAAUUCCGUUCUGUCAAAUCCUGUUCCGCUUGAAGGAAGAAUACCUGUUCCAAUGUCCCAUUGUUAUCCCGUACCUGAUGUAUUUUGUAUUGACCUGAAUGAUAGUGAUUGUGAUUAUGCGAUAAACCCAGAAUUGAGUGUUGUUAAUCGGAACUACGACCUGCUAAACGAUGCACUGUCCUCGAUCGAUUGGGAAUUCCUGGAUUCUGAGCUGGAUCUGGAUGAAAUGGUUGGUGUGUUCAACACGGAAAUACGUCACGUCAUCGAAGCCAUUGAAGCCACCUUGGUCAAACUCCAGCCUUCGCCAAUUGAAGUGCCGUAG